AUUGAUUACACUGCACCAAGCCAGAGGUGGGGGCGGGCGGAAAGCCUCCACACCAACUUAUUCUCGACUCAGUUUAGCAGAGCCUCAACACCAUCAUAGAUUUUCUGUCACAGCUAUUUAUUCUCCCUGUGUAGACAUUCAUUAUUCGCUUCUAGACCAUGAAACUCUCACGACGGUGACACUAGAUCAAUACAACCCCGAUAAUUCUCUUAAUCCCCUCCAAUGGCCCUCCGUUUUCUCCCUCCCAGAGCCGUUGUCGCCCGCUCAUCGGCUUCUAUAUCGAGCAUCACCAACCUCACUCAUGCCUCAACACCCCUGCACCGCUCAUUCAUCACCCUCCCGUCCUCCGAACCUCAAAGAUUAACCGCCAACCGCACUCUACCAUACCCCCAUGAACCUCUUUACGAUCUCAUAGCCGACGUGGAUUCUUACUCAUCGUUCGUCCCUUAUUGCUCUCGCUCUCGAGUAACUCGCUGGUCCGAUCCCGACCCCGAUACCGGGCGACGCUACCCCACACUCGCUGAUCUACAUGUCGGAUGGGGAGGCUUCGACGAGGUCUUUACAAGUAGAUUGCGCUGUGUUCCUGGCCAAUCUGUCGAAGCCAUCAGUGGGGAGACUGCUCCUGGGGGUACAGGGCCUGACGCAUCGGCUGUCUUCCGGAGCCUUGUGACACGCUGGUCGGUGAGACCAAUUUCUGGUCCACCUUCACCGCGCACUGAGGUCUAUCUAUCUAUCGACUUUCAGUUUACAAACCCACUCUAUGGUGCUGUAAGUGCUGCUGUGUCAGAUAAGGUCGCCAGCAUGAUGAUAGAAGCCUUUGAGAAGAAGGCCUUUGAGAAGCUAGGACCUUAACGGAAACUCUAAUAUUGCAUACAUUAAGUAUUAUUUGGGUACCUCCCCCCUUUCCAAUCCAAUUCACAUACCGUGAUGGAGUGUUGAAGUAGUCUAGAUUACUUGCAUAGAGUCAGGUGGGCAUACCACUAUUCACUUAAACGCAUUACACAAUAGAAGGGACCAAACCCAACUCACUCACGU